CUGUUCCUUCCCUCGCAUUUUUUUUUCAAGUUGUUCAAGUUCAUCUCCUGCGGGUGAAUUCAAAACUAAGAACUCGCGUCGGCCGGUGGACUCUCUGCGUCUUGCACUUAGAUUUUUUCGGUUCAACCGACCUUAUCUGGCUCUGAAUUAUUGACGUCAAGACGCGGUGUUUUGAAGCAAGACGUACAUCUCCCGAGUGUCGGCGAACCUCCUGAGGGGCUGGAAUAGGAAAAUCGUCGAUAUAUAUUCGAUGCAGUGGAGAAACCCGAUUUAUACAACAAAAUGUCGUUGAAUCACCCUGCUUUGGCUAAGGCACGAAUAUAUGAAUAAAGCCGGGAGUUUCCUCAGUACCACGCCGCGACAAAUACAUUCUGGAAAGUUAUCUAAGUUACUUCAAGCUUUAGCGUACUCGCGUUUCAUCCGUGACUCUCGGCCUCUCCAUCGUGAAGCUUACCAUUGGACAGAGAUGGAUUCAAAUACAUUUAUGGGGAUCUACUGUGCUUGACAGCCUGGGUAUGUUGCAUAGACGCUCGGAUUGGCCUGAUAGGCGUUGACGGGAAUAUUAAAAUGUUCUUCAAGCUAGCCUCCUUGUGUUUCCCUCCCUCUCCUCUCGAAAUCCCACUGUCCAAGGAAUUACCAUGGACCCGUCUGCUCUUACGUCGCCCGAGGCUCUCAAGUCUUUAACAAAAGCUUAUGCCCAUCUGUUGGCCAGCAAGUAUCAUGUUCUAGCAUCCACCAUUAUGCUCUGCUACGACCAUAUUCUUACCUUUGAUGACGAACUUAAAUACUUUUGGCAAAGGAAAACGACUUUUCCGUUCUGGCUCUUCCUGACUUUUCGAUACGCUUCGCCCAUUGUCUCGAUUAUCAACUUGGUCGCAUCACACGAACCUAACUGGGUUGGGGACGCAUGUAAAAAUUGGAUUUGGUUACCAAUAGCUAUCGGGUCUAUUAUAAGGUUUGCAACCGGAAUUAUUAUGAUUCUUCGAGUCCACGCAGUUUAUGCUGAAGCAACCUGGGUGUUGUGGCUCAUGCUCCCAAUCUUCAUUGGACACCUUGUCGUUAUGGGGUGGGCGAUCCCAGCGGGUGGUCCUGCAAACCUACCCCCAGGAUUCAUUGGGUGUAUACCCAAACCUAAAGCAGGGACUGGUCUCCGGUUACCUUCAAUCUAUAUUGCAGCCCUGGUAUUUGACGCCACGGUAUUUGCUUUGACGCUUGGCCGGGCGAUAUACUAUCGUGCUAGUAGUCCAUUGAUUCCGCUCAUGACCUUGGUUAUCCGAGACGGAACUUUGUAUUUCGCUGUCAUCUUCGUCGUCAACCUAACGAACGGAUUCAUGAUGGCGCUCGCUCCGCCCGAUCUGAGUGUUAUCAAUGCCCCGUUCGCGUCAAUGAUAAGAACCAUACUAGUCUCUCGGCUCAUGUUUAACCUCCGUGCUGCCGCCGAUACUCAAGUGGUUUCAUGCUCCAGCCGUGACCCCCAGAAUCACAUCAUCUUUAGCUCACAUGGGGCCACUCAAACGCUAAGCACCUUCGGCGCUGUCGGUCGAACACCGACUUUCUUCAGCUGGAUAGGAGCGGAUGAGUUUGCGGUACCCUUACCGGAUAAAAUCUUCAAGUUGGAGGAUCCGUCCGCCCCAUGGGUGGACGAUGGUCGGGAUAUGGUUGAAGAGUAUGAGAUGCAAUCUGUCACUGCCAAUUAG